UGGGUCAGGAGACAGACCUGUCUCUAGACCGGCUACCGAGCCACUCUCCUCGCCAGUACUUCUUCGCCUGGCUGCUGAAGAGGCGGAUGUCUCCCCCCGUUCCUGACCGCCCUCUGUUAGCUCUUCCUCACUGUACAGUGGGGCUGAGCCCACAGCAUGCGAUACUUCGCUUGGUGAGGGAACACCAAAGGACAGGGGCAGGUAGAGGACACGUGAUUUCAGUGGGCUUGCUCCCGGGCCAUGCCAACUAACGGUUUGUGUCUGACGUACCCACCGACCGUUGGCUGUAGGUGUCAGAGGUGACCUGGGAAGAGGAAGACGACCGAGCCAACCAAUCGAUGAUGGCAGGGUUGUCGGUGGAGACACGACCGCUGGAUGACACCGGGAGCACUGGCCUCUGGCUGCGACUAGUGCUGCCUCGACCCCUUCCUCUGCUGCCACGUCUGCUCGCUCCUGAAACAUUGCCUCCUCUGCCACUCCUCUGCGUGUUGUCUGACAUACUCUUUAGUUCUAUUCCAAAACAAAACAUGAAGAAAAAUAUAUCAAAUUUGAUAUACGAUUCUGUGUCCCUGAGUAACGAUUCUGUGUCCCUGAGUAACGAUUCUGUGUGCCCCUCAGUAACAAUUCUGUGUCCCUGAGUAACAAUUCUGUGUCCCUGAGUAACAAUUCUGUGUCUGUCCCUGAGUAACAAUUCUGUGUCCCUGAGUAACAAUUCUGUGUCCCUGAGUAA